AUGGCAAACUCCGGAAAUACGUUAAGCGCCUUUAUAUCUUCGCUAAAGUUUAUUAAGAAGUCAAAGAUAGACGGAGAAGGCGAUAAGACGUUGCUACGAUGUCCCUCCCCAAAGUUGUUGAGUUCGCCUUCAUUGUUCAGACAUCGUACCCAUUCUGUCGAUUCUGCGUUUGAUGAUAGCCUUUUAGAGGAUGUUAAUGAUGUUUUAGAAACUGAUAGUAAGCGAAUCAAAAAGUUACACGGCAGAAUGCGACGAAAGAGUAUCAGUCGUAAACAUCUGAGCGACGACUCGCUUUGUAAUGCUGUUAUGGUAGAAAAUGUGGAGUUAGCAAGACAAGUUCUACUCUCUGAUAACAAUAUAGAUGUUAAUACAUUCAGUGCACCCGGAUGGAACCCCUUGCAUCAUGCUUGUAGACUUGGUAACAUUGAGUUAAUAAAAUUACUACUGGAUGCCGGUGCAAAUACAUCACUGGAAACUGUGGAGGGUUUUUCUCCGCUACGGCUGGCAGUAAUUUAUGGUCACUUUGAUGCUGCUGCGUACCUGAUACACGAAAGAGGAGUUUGUUGUCAUGAAAUACGUGACGGGAUGCAAGAGUGUAAACCCAGCCUUAGUAUCAGCACUACUAGAGUGACAAUGAAGCAUGCUAAAAUAGUCAAAACAAAGGGAGGAGGAGAGUGA